GUUCCACCCGCAGUCCGUCAUGUCCUUCGGCAGAGAUAUGGAGCUGGAGCACUUCGAUGAGCGGGACAAGGCGCAGAGGUACAGCCGGGGGUCUCGGGUGAAUGGCCUGCCCAGCCCCACGCACAGCGCCCAUUGCAGCUUCUACCGCACCCGCACGCUGCAGACGCUCAGCUCCGAGAAGAAGGCCAAGAAGGUGCGCUUCUACCGGAAUGGAGACCGCUACUUCAAAGGGAUUGUGUAUGCCAUCUCCCCAGACCGCUUCAGAUCCUUUGAGGCCCUGCUGGCUGAUUUGACCCGAACUCUGUCAGAUAACGUGAAUUUGCCCCAGGGAGUAAGAACAAUCUACACCAUCGAUGGGCUCAAGAAGAUUUCCAGUCUGGAUCAACUGGUGGAAGGUGAAGAGCUAUGUGUGCGGCUCCAUUGAGCCCUUCAAGAAACUGGAGUAUACCAAGAAUGUGAACCCCAACUGGUCCGUGAACGUCAAGACCACCUCGGCCUCCCGGGCGGUAUCUUCACUGGCCACAGCCAAAGGGAGCCCAUCCGAAGUGCGAGAGAACAAGGAUUUCAUUCGGCCCAAGCUAGUCACCAUCAUCCGAAGUGGGGUGAAGCCACGGAAAGCUGUGAGGAUUCUGCUGAACAAGAAGACAGCUCAUUCCUUUGAGCAGGUUCUCACUGAUAUCACCGACGCCAUCAAGCUGGAUUCGGGAGUGGUGAAACGCCUGUACACCUUGGAUGGGAAACAGGUGAUGUGCCUUCAGGACUUUUUUGGUGAUGAUGACAUUUUUAUUGCAUGUGGACCGGAGAAGUUCCGUUACCAGGAUGAUUUCUUGCUAGAUGAAAGUGAAUGUCGUGUGGUGAAGUCCACUUCUUACACCAAAAUAGCUUCAUCGUCCCGCAGGAGCACCACCAAGAGUCCGGGGCCUUCCCGGCGCAGCAAAUCCCCGGCCUCUACCAGCUCAGUUAAUGGAACCCCUGGCAGUCAGCUCUCCACUCCACGCUCUGGCAAGUCGCCAAGCCCUUCACCCACCAGCCCAGGAAGCCUGCGGAAGCAGAGGAGCUCUCAACAUGGCGGCUCCUCUACUUCACUUGCAUCCACCAAAGUCUGCAGUUCGAUGGAUGAGAACGAUGGCCCUGGGGAAGAAGUGUCCGAGGAAGGCUUCCAGAUUCCAGCCACGAUAACAGAACGAUAUAAAGUCGGGAGGACAAUAGGAGAUGGGAAUUUUGCUGUUGUCAAGGAGUGCGUAGAGAGGUCAACUGCUAGAGAGUAUGCUCUGAAAAUUAUCAAGAAAAGUAAAUGUCGAGGCAAAGAGCACAUGAUCCAAAAUGAGGUGUCGAUUUUAAGAAGAGUGAAGCAUCCCAAUAUUGUGCUUCUGAUUGAGGAGAUGGAUGUGCCAACUGAGCUCUAUCUCGUCAUGGAAUUAGUAAAGGGAGGAGACCUUUUUGAUGCUAUUACUUCCACUAACAAAUACACCGAGCGAGAUGCCAGUGGGAUGCUAUACAACCUGGCCAGUGCCAUCAAAUACCUGCAUAGCCUGAACAUCGUACACCGGGACAUCAAGCCAGAGAAUCUGCUGGUUUAUGAACACCAGGAUGGGAGUAAAUCACUGAAGCUGGGUGACUUUGGACUGGCCACAAUUGUUGAUGGCCCCCUGUACACUGUAUGUGGCACCCCAACAUAUGUUGCUCCAGAAAUCAUUGCUGAAACUGGAUAUGGACUAAAGGUGGACAUCUGGGCUGCUGGUGUAAUCACUUACAUCCUCCUUUGUGGUUUCCCUCCAUUUCGUGGAGGUGGUGAUGACCAGGAGGUGCUGUUUGAUCAGAUCUUGAUGGGGCAAGUGGACUUUCCUCCUCCAUACUGGGACAAUGUUUCUGAUUCUGCAAAGGAGCUCAUCACCAUGAUGCUGUUGGUCAAUGUGGAUCAGCGAUUUUCAGCUGUGCAGGUCCUUGAGCAUCCCUGGGUUAAUGAUGAUGGCCUCCCUGAAAAUGAACAUCAACUGUCAGUAGCUGGAAAGAUAAAGAAGCAUUUCAACACAGGCCCCAAGCCGAACAGCACAGCAGCUGGAGUUUCUGUCAUAGCAACCACCGCUCUUGAUAAGGAGAGGCAGGUUUUCCGACGAAGACGCAACCAGGAUGUGAGAAACCGGUUCAAGGCCCAACCAGCCCCUCCGGAGCUCAACUCAGAAUCUGAAGACUACUCCCCCAGCUCCUCCGAGACUGUUCGCUCCCCCAACUCACCCUUUUAAUGAGAUCCUUUUACUCAAAGUCCUGGCUUAACCCUUUGAGACUCUGAGAUUUUUUUUCAACCCCUCCCCCCAAAAAAGUUUUUUUUCUGUAAAAACAGUUUCAUCUGAUCUAUCUAGCCCUCAAUGCCGGAACGGCAGAGCAAGAAAUGUGUUUUGGGGUACCUUUGUAGCGAUUUCCUACCAAUAGACAUGGCAUGUGGUGUUUUGGGAAGAUGGUCAUUUGCUGCUCAUCUGGUCCUCAAAGGGUUAAGGUCAAUUUGCA